UAAUCAAAAGACAAUAAAGCCCAGUCGCGGGUUUACUUGCUGUCAGUUUACUGUUUUGGCGCUGUUUGUUUGUUAAUAAUAAGAGGUGAUUCAUUUAAAAUAGCUGUAGGCUUGCCUUGAAUUAGUAUUGCCAAAUCCCCCGAACCUCUUGCCAGCAUGCAUGUGCUCAAGCGAGAUGGACGCCUGGAGCGUGUUAUGUUUGACAAAAUCACAUCUCGCAUUCAGAAGCUUUGUUAUGGACUUAACUCCGACUUUGUGGAUCCUACCCAGAUUACUAUGAAGGUCAUCGAGGGGCUGUACAACGGGGUGACGACGGUAGAGCUUGACACCUUUGCGGCAGAGAUGGCCGCCAGCCUCACCACCAAGUACCCAGACUACGCCAUUCUGGCGGCAAGAAUCGCUGUUUCCAACCUACACAAGGAGACCAGGAAGAUGUUCAGCGAUGUGAUGGAGGACCUGUACAACUACAUCAACCCCCUGAACCAGCGCCACUCUCCCAUGAUCUCCAAGGACACGCUUGAUAUUGUGCUCGACAACAAAGAUCGCCUCAACUCAGCCAUCAUAUUUGACCGAGACUUCUCCUACAACUUCUUUGGCUUUAAGACACUUGAGCGAUCCUAUCUUCUGAAGAUAAACGGCAAAGUGGCAGAGAGGCCACAGCACAUGCUGAUGAGAGUGGCAGUGGGUGUCCACAAGAGGGACAUCGACUCUGCCAUCGAGACUUACAACCUGCUGUCAGAGAAGUGGUUCACCCACGCCUCCCCCACCCUGUUCAACGCUGGCACCAACAGGCCCCAGCUGUCAAGCUGUUUCUUGCUCGCCAUGAAAGCUGACAGCAUUGAUGGAAUCUACGACACGCUGAAGAGCUGCGCCCUGAUCUCCAAGUCGGCAGGGGGCAUUGGUGUGGCGGUCAGCUGUAUCCGGGCCACAGGCAGUUACAUCGCCGGGACAAAUGGCAAUUCAAACGGCUUGGUCCCGAUGCUUCGCGUGUACAACAACACGGCCCGCUACGUCGACCAGGGAGGCAACCGGAGGCCUGGAGCCUUUGCCAUGUAUCUAGAGCCCUGGCAUGCAGAUGUGUUUGAGUUCCUGGAGCUGAAGAAGAACACCGGUAAGGAGGAGCAGCGGGCCAGAGACCUGUUCUACGGCAUGUGGAUACCAGAUCUCUUCAUGGAGCGUGUGGAGAGUAACCAGGACUGGUCCCUGAUGUGUCCCGGCGACUGUCCCGGGCUGGACGAGUGUUGGGGAAAGGAGUUUGAGAAGCUCUACACCGGCUACGAGAAGCAGGGCAAGGCCAAGCGCGUGGUGAAGGCCCAGCAAGUGUGGUACGCCAUCAUCGAGUCCCAGACGGAGACGGGCACGCCAUACAUCCUCUACAAGGACGCCUGCAACAGGAAGAGCAACCAGCAGAACCUGGGCACCAUCAAGUGCAGCAACCUGUGCACGGAGAUCGUGGAGUACACCAGCAAGGACGAGAUUGCCGUUUGCAACCUGGCCUCUAUUGCUCUCAACAUGUACGUCACCCCCGAGAGAACGUUUGACUUCAAACGCUUGGCGUACGUCACCAAAGUCAUUGUGAAGAACCUCAACAAAAUAAUAGACAUCAACUUCUACCCGGUGGUUGAGGCACUGAACUCCAACAAGCGCCACAGGCCUAUCGGCGUCGGCGUCCAGGGCCUGGCCGACGCCUUCAUCCUCAUGCGGUUCCCCUUCGAAAGCCCCGAGGCCCAGCUGCUCAACGUCCAGAUCUUUGAGACCAUCUACUACGCUGCCCUGGAGUCCAGCUGUGAGCUGGCCGCUGUGCACGGCAGCUACCAGACCUACCCUGGAUCACCCGUCAGCAAGGGAAUCCUUCAGUAUGACAUGUGGGAGAAAACUCCAACAGACUUGUGGGACUGGAAAGCCCUCAAGGAGAAGAUCGCACAGCACGGGGUGAGAAACAGUCUGCUGCUGGCUCCCAUGCCCACCGCCUCCACCGCCCAGAUCCUGGGUAACAACGAGUCCAUUGAGCCCUACACCAGCAACGUCUACACACGCAGGGUUCUGUCUGGGGAGUUCCAGAUGGUCAACCCCCACCUGCUGAAGGACCUGACGGAGAGAGCGCUCUGGAACGACGACAUGAAGAACCAGCUGAUAGCUAACAACGGCUCGGUCCAGGGCAUCGCGGGGAUCCCAGAGGACCUGAAGCAGCUGUACAAGACUGUGUGGGAGAUCUCCCAGAAGACCGUGCUCAAGAUGGCCGCCGACCGCGGAGCCUUCAUCGACCAGAGCCAGUCCCUCAACAUCCACAUCGCGCAGCCCAACUACGGCAAGCUGAGCAGCAUGCACUUCUACGGCUGGAAGCUGGGUCUGAAGACGGGGAUGUACUACCUGAGGACCAAGCCAGCAGCCAACCCAAUCCAGUUCACCCUGGACAUGGAGAAGCUAAAUGAGGCACUGGCUGACACAAGCGUCUCAGAGGAGGGCCAAACCCCGGAGACGCCUGUCAAAGAGGGGUUGAAUGUCUAAGGGUUGGGUCCUGACCUCUGAACCCAUUCCAUCUUCAAUCCAUCAUUCUCCAUGAAAUACUCUACUUUUAUUGCUUUGUUUUUAUUUCAAUGUUUUAUAAAUGGUGAAGACUGAAAUGUUUUUGUACUCAAAGCUAAUGGAUCACAUUAUUUAUGCAUUUUCUGCUGCUCCAAUAUAAUGUACAUUCACAGCAGCUCUUUUUUAUGUCAAUUGUGGUGGAUCACAACUGGUUAAUCAACUUCAUGUCUGUAUCUAAAAUGUUUGAAAAUUAAAGUAUUUUUUACUAUAAACAAAAUUACGAUGAAAAACAUGACUGCAGCUAAAGAGUUCAUUUUUCUAAUGUUCCCUUCAUUUGAGGAGAGCUAUCGUGUUUAAUUAGCGAGGCGAGCAUCCCAAUAAACCAGUUAAGCUGCCAACUUAAA